UGUGAGACUAUUUUCUACAGUUAAUCAACAAAACCAGAAAGCUCUUAUUGCAGGAGGUGGUGCUCCAGAAAUAGAGUUGGCCUUAAGACUGACUGAGUAUUCACGAACACUGAGUGGUAUGGAAUCGUACUGCGUCCGUGCCUUCGCAGAUUCUAUGGAGGUCAUUCCAUCUACGCUAGCUGAAAAUGCUGGCCUGAAUCCCAUUUCCACAGUAACAGAAUUAAGAAACCGGCAUGCCCAAGGAGAAAAGACUACAGGCAUUAAUGUCCGAAAGGGUGGUAUUUCCAAUAUUUUAGAGGAAAUGGUUGUCCAGCCUUUGUUGGUUUCAGUCAGUGCUCUGACCUUAGCAACUGAAACUGUCCGAAGCAUUCUGAAAAUUGAUGAUGUGGUAAACACUCGAUAAUCUGGAUAAUGCUGGCUAACUGCCAUGAUUAUAGCCACUAGUACUAUGGCUAGAGUGGAUGAUGAUCACUUUAAUGUUCUUUGUCUGGAAGAUUGUUUCCCUUAUGAAUUCCUGGAUUUGGUCUUCCAGUUGGCAUUUGCUUGAAAUGUAUGGAACAGCUUGAUGAAAAUAUUAAAUAUUUGGUUUCAAAAGACA